GCGCGUGGUCUCAGCCCGAAGAAGGCGGAGGCGGGGACGAGGCCGGAGCUGGGGUCCCAGGUGCGAAAGCGGAGGCGGGGACGAGGCCGGAGCGCUUAUCCUCGACCAACGUGGAGUCCCAGGUACGCGAUCUCGGCCCGAAGAAGGUGAAGGUGGGGUGCUUGAAGCCAGAAGAAGGCGAGCUUCAAGAGGAGGCGACAACAGGCUCGAAGGACUUACUCUCAGAAUACGUUCUCGGCGCGUGGUCUCAACCUGAAGAAGACGGAGGCGGCGACAAGGCCGGAGUGCCUAUCCUCAAGCAAUAUGGGGUCCCAGGUGCGCGGUCUCAACUUGAAGAGGAUGGAGGCGGGAACCAG